AUGUCAUCAAAUAUUAAAUUACCAAAUACAAAGCUAUUCAUAAAUAAUGAAUUUGUAGAACCAAUCCAUAAAAAGACAAUACCUGUAAUUAAUCCAACAACAGGUAAAGAAAUAUGUCAAGUUAGCGAAGGUGAUGCUUCUGAUGUUGAUAAAGCUGUAAAAUGUGCUCAGGAUGCUUUGGAGGGAGAGUGGGGUCAAAUGUCUGCAGAGGAUAGAGGAAAACUCAUGUAUAAAUUAGCCGAUCUCCUUGAAGCUGAAAUGGAAAGAUUUGUCAAUUUGGAAUCAUUGGAUAAUGGCAAACCACUUAGUGGCGCAAGAGAGGAUCUUACAGUUAGUAUCCGUUGUUUAAGAUACUUUGCAGGCUGGUGCGAUAAAAUUCAAGGAAAAACAAUACCUAUUAAUGGUCAAUAUACUUGUUUUACAAAGCAUGAGCCAAUGGGUGUUGUUGCAUUGAUUGUUGCAUGGAACUACCCACUAAUGCUUUUAUGUUGGAAGCUAGGUCCAGCUCUUGCCGCUGGUUGUACAAUUGUAGCAAAACCAUCGGAAUUUACUCCAUUAACCUCUCUUUUAUUCUGUGAACUUGUUCAAAAAGUUUUACCUAAAGGAGUUUUCAAUUUAGUUGUUGGUAGUGGUGAAGUAGUUGGCAAAGCAUUAGCCGAACAUAUGGAUAUUGCUAAAAUUAGUUUCACUGGUUCAACUGCUGUCGGAAAAAAGAUUCAACAAGCAGCAGCAAGCAAUCUUAAAAAAGUUACAUUGGAAUUGGGUGGUAAAUCUCCAAAUAUUAUUUUUGAUGAUGCAGACAUUGAAUACUCUGCAAACUGUAGUAUAAAUGCAAUUUUUGCAAACAUGGGUCAAAACUGCUGUGCUGGUUCAAGACUUUUCGUUCAAGAAAAUAUUUAUGAUGCAUUUGUAUCAUUCUUUACACAAAAAGCAAAAACUCUUUCUGUUGGCAAUCCAUUUGAAGAUCCAAACCUAGGUCCAUUAGUUUCACAAAUCCAAUUAGAUCGUGUUCUUUCUUUUAUCGAAAAAGGCAAAUCUGAAGGUGCAACAUGUCACUUGGGUGGUAAAAGAAAAGGUGAAGAAGGUUACUUUGUGGAACCAACCAUUUUCACUAAUGUUACUGAUGAAAUGACAAUUGCAAAGGAAGAAAUUUUUGGUCCAGUAAUUAGCAUUCUCAAAUUUAAAACUGUAGAUGAAGUUAUUAAAAGAGCAAACAAUACCAAGUAUGGUUUAGCUGCAGGUGUAUUUACCAAAGAUAUUAGUCUUGCUUUUAAUGUUACUAAUAAGCUUAAAGCUGGAUCUGUUUGGAUUAACGAAUAUGACCUCAUUAACCCACAAAUUCCAUUUGGAGGCUAUAAGAGCAGUGGUUUUGGUAAAGAUUUAGGCUCUGAUUCAAUCGAUGCCUAUAUCAAUAUCAAAGCAGUUGUAGUUUCUCACAAAACCAUGUUUGCUCAACAAAAACAAUAA